AUGGAUCCCGAUAUCGAAAGAGUUGAGAAAACCAUUCAAAUGCUUUUGCUGUAUUUUUUCAUUGCCAACCUUCAUCUUGCUUAUGCUGAUCCUCCAAACAUCCUUUGCUCGAACAAUUCCAACUAUGAAGCCAAUAGUCCAUUUCAAAACAAUCUUGUGACCCUCAUGUCUUCUCUUCCUUCAAAUGCUUCCGUUUCAAAAAUUUCCAAUACCUCUACUGGAAUUGACCCUGACAAAGUGUAUGCUCAAUAUAUGUGCCUCAACUAUGUAACAAAUGAAAGCUGCCGUACCUGCAUAACUGCAGCAUCUGAAGUUAUCAUGCAGCUUUGUCCAGGAGUUAAGGAAGCAGUUGUAUGGGGAGAGCUGUGUCAAUUGCGCUACUCGAAUAAAACUUUCUUAGGCCACUUGGAUGCUUCAGGAAACAUUCCCCAACAAAAUCCGAAGAACAUUUCAAAUCCAGAACAGCUUAUAUUAGUAGUCAAUAAAACUUUGAGUAGUCUUAUCAAGCAGGCAGCUUUUGAUCCUUCAGCAAAUAUGUACGCUACUAGAGAAGUACCCUUCACUGGUAGUGACAGAUUCUUUUCUCUAGUGCAGUGCACAACAGACUUGUCUCCAGAUGAUUGUUACACAUGCCUUGAGGUUGCCAUAGCAAAUGUUACGACCUGUUGCAGUUUUUCCCGUGGGGCAAGGGUUUUUAGCCGCAGUUGCUAUUUAAGGUAUGAGUUAUAUGCUUUCUAUGACGGUGCAACCGAUUCUUCUGAAAAUCAGAUGACAGGAAAAGGUAUGCAAGGAAAACAAAAUAUGGAUAAUUCCCAUCAGUAUCGUCGCAUCGACACUAUUGGUGCUAGCACUUUUAGGCUCCUUCAUCUACCGUCUAGCGAUGAAAAUCAGGAUGCGACAAUGCAAGGAUGCUUCUUAUGA